GACACUGAUAUUUUCCUUUGUUGAAAUGGAACACCACCACCUCUUGCUGUUUCAAUGCCUUCUUUUCACUUUUCUCAUGUAUUUCACUUCAACACAUUCUGUGAAAAUUCCAAGGUUGAGCCCCAUUCCUACAUGGGAUACAAGCUUGCACCACCCUGCAACUUUUGAUGCAAAAACUUCUACAGAUAACAUUAACACAUUUUACUACAAACAGCUUCUCGAUCACUUCAACUAUAGGCCCCAAAGUUACAAAACUUUUCAACAAAGAUAUCUCAUCAAUUUCAAGUAUUGGGGUGGUGCCAAUUCUAGUGCUCCAAUAUUUGCCUAUUUUGGUGCAGAAGAAGCAAUAGAUUAUUCCCCAGAAGGCAUAGCAUUCCUCACUGAUAACGCUGCUUCCUUUAAUGCUCUCUUGGUAUACAUAGAGCACCGUUAUUAUGGGAAAUCAGUACCAUUUGGAUCAAGGGAAGAAGCAUUUAAGAAUGCAAGCACCAUUGGAUAUUUCAACUCAGCUCAAGCUAUAGCAGAUUAUGCAUCAGUUCUCAUACAUGUUAAGAAGACAUUGCAUGCACCAAAUUCCCCGGUGAUUGUGAUUGGAGGAUCAUAUGGUGGAAUGCUUGCUUCGUGGUUUAGGCUCAAAUAUCCUCACAUGGCCAUUGGUGCUCUGGCCUCAUCAGCUCCAAUCCUCUACUUUGAUGAUAUUACACCACAAGAUGGUUACUACUCUGUUGUUUCAAGGGAUUAUAGAGAAGCCAGUGAAACAUGCUAUCAAACUAUAUUGCAGUCGUGGUCUGAAAUUGACAGUGUAGCUUCUCAGCCAAAGGGUCUUUCCCUUCUUAGCCAGAGAUUCAACACUUGCAGACCCUUAAACAAGUCUUCUGAUUUGAAAGAAUACCUGGAAAAUAUGUACGCUUCUGCUGCUCAAUACAAUCAUCCACCAAGAUAUCCUGUUACAGUGAUUUGUGGUGGCAUUGAUAAAGGUUCAUUUGGGAGUGAUAUAUUGAGUAAGAUAUAUGCAGGGGUGGUAGCUUUAAGGGGAAACACCACUUGCAAAGUUAAUGCUCCUUCUAAUGUAUCUGAGACAACUCUGGGUUGGAGAUGGCAGACAUGUAGCGAAAUUGUGAUACCCAUAGGCAUAGGAAACAACUCCAUGUUCCAACCUGAUCCUUUUAGCUUCAAGAGUUUUGCCAAUGACUGCAAGAAACUUUAUGGUGUCUCACCUCGCCCUCAUUGGAUCACUACAUACUACGGUGGUCAUAAUAUAAAGUUGAGCCUUCAAAAGUUUGGUAGCAACAUCAUCUUCUCUAAUGGACUAAGAGACCCUUACAGCAGUGGCGGGGUUCUGGAGAACAUAUCAGACACUGUUGUUGCCAUCCAUGCAAUUAAUGGAUCUCACUGUUUGGAUAUUAUGGGUGCAAAUGCAAAUCAUAGUGAUCCAGAAUGGUUGGUUGAAAUGAGGAACAAAGAAAUAAAGAUCAUGAAAGGGUGGAUCAGCCAGUAUUAUGUUGAUCUUCUAGCACUUAAUGGGACCAUAAAAUUGUAGAUCAAAGAUGAACACAACUUUUUCUUAAUGAAAUAAUACAGCAUUUCGCAUCACUAAUAUGCUCACAUAAUUUUCUUGUCACUUUUGAGAAUGUAAGAUAAUAAUUUUCUUUUUUUUUCGUUAGGUGAA